UAUUUGGUUUAUCUUUGACCGAUAUGUUCAGCUGUGCUGGAGGCAGUAUGAAAUGCUGAGCUUAGUUCUUAUUUUAGUAGCCAUCAAACAACAUGGUUUCUGGAAAGUUCAGUGUGUUGCACAGGGUGGUGAUAAUAUUGACUGUAAUCGUCAAACUUGGCCAAAGUUGUCCAGAAUUGAGAGAAUGCUUCCCAGACGUAACUGUAACCGUGCCUUGUCAAGGCAGUUUUACCCGGAUGUGGACCACGGAGCCAAGCGAUACUGAUUGCAGUACCUACGUUGCAUGCUUAAAUGGUGUCGGUGUAAAAAUGUGCUGCCCGAUUGGGCAGUACUACAAUCCUGACACGCAGGAAUGUGACGAUGAAACGAAUGUGGAUUGUCAAAUCGAACCUCCACCUUGUCCGGACACAACAACGAGCAACCCAGAUGAAACAACAAUUACAACAAGCUCUGAGGAAACGACAACACAAAACCCUGAUACUACAACAACGAGCUCUGAGGAAACGACGACACAAAACCCUGAUACUACAACAACGAGCUCUGAAGAAACGACAACAGAAAAUCCUGAUACUACAACAACGAGCUCUGAAGAAACGACAACAGAAAAUCCUGAAACGACAACAACAGCUACGACCAGCGAUGCAGAUACUACGACACAACCAAUCACCACUACCGAUGAAACGACUUCUACUGCAGCUAUAGAAACCACUACUGUUGAAGAAGGUGCAGAUUUGGCUGCACUUUGUGCAGCACUUACGUCAGACUCAUUAGUGGAGUUAGCGUAUCCUGGUGAAUGCAAUAUGUACAUUAUGUGUGAAAAUAGACAAUACAUUCGAACAGAAACCUGUCCAGCAGGAUUACACUUUAAUCCUACCCUCUCUGUUUGUGAUUCUCCUGACCAAGCUGAAUGUUUAGACUUUGUUUGUCGGAACAACCCCGAAGGAAACCAAGUUACGUUGGAAAGCCAAAAUUCUUGUCAAUUAUAUUUCAUAUGCAUCGGUAACAUUACAGUCGAGCGCCGAUGUGCACCAGGUACCAUCUACGAAGCUGAAAACGGAUGGUGUGUAGUUGACGAUGCGGAAAAUCCUUGCGAACGCGAACGACUGCCUGCACCACCAGAAUCUGUCAUUUUACAAUGUACUGGAGAAAAUGAAUUAGACAAAAUACCCCAUCCUACCAUGUGUGAUGUGUACUAUCGUUGCAUAAAUGGAAAUCUUUGGGUAAGACAAUGUCCCCCCGGACUUUUAUUCGAUCCGGACCGCGAGCAGUGUAAUCUUGCCGAUAUGGUUUCCUGUGUAGAAGCCCAACAGUCCGUCAAAUACAAACAAUAGUUCGUAACAAAACUUACACAAAUCAUUGGAGUAUCAGCCGACCGUCAGCACUUUUUCAUAGGAAUUGUAGCACUCUAACGAGCAGCUGAUUCAGAUGAAUCAGUUUGCUUUUUGCAAGUUUGGUCGUUAGUUUGAUUUUUCUGGUGGAUUUGUUUGCUGAGUUUGGCGAUCAUUAUGUUCAUAAUCCGCAGUUAAUUUAACUUUGAUUGAAUAAAAUAAAAAAUUUAAUAAGCGUAUUAUUAGUUUACUUACUUACUUACUUACUUACUUACUUACUUACUUACUUACUUAUUUACUUACUUACUUACUUGCUUACUUACUUACUUACUUACUUACUUACUUACUUACUUACUUACUUACUUACUUACUUACUUACUUACUUACUUACUUACUUACUUACUUACUUACUUACUUACUUACUUACUUACUUACUUACUUACUUACUUACUUACUUACUUACUUACUUACUUACUUACUUACUUACUUACUUACUUACUUACUUACUUUCGUACUUGUUACGCUACGAAUUUAAUUCCUAUCUCGAAACAUCACAGCAUUCCAUAAAGGUACUAUUUAUUAAAAUAUACUUUCGAUCUUCAGAUGCUUUUCUUGCUGACGAUAAUAACAUCGUUGCAGCCAUGCAUUAGUCCACAAUAUGACAAAAUUAUUCGAAUAAACAGCCAUUCUGCCAUUUGCCAGCCAACAGCCAUUUGUGGCUGAAAACACAUAUAAUCAGGUUGCAGCAACUGAUUGGGGUUCUUCUACAUGAAUAUGAAACGUUACCCACGUUUUUAAAAACAAUUCUAGUAAAUCUAAAUAGACCACCAUGACCUGUGUAAGGUCGUAAAGCCAAGAAGAGAGAAAGAGUACAUUAGUGUAUAAAAUAUCCUUCACAUACAUAAUUUCGUCCGUCUCAACGCUGUACUAACGCGUGAGAUGAGAAUUAUCAUCAUCAAAAUGUGUUUUGGGUACAAAACAAUUUGGUAAAAAUAUUUACCAGCACCCUAGCACAUAUUAUGACU